UGACGCACCCGCGGCGCCGCUCCGGAAGUGAUUCUAUGGCCGCCCGGGGCUGGGGGCGCGGUGGUUUCCGGGAGUCGGCUCUCAUGGAGGCUCCGGAGCAGCCAAGCGUCUGAGGGGCUCGGCGGCCGCCGCCGCCAUGUUCGGCUGCCUGGUGGCGGGCAGGCUGGUCCAAGCAGCUCCUCAACAAGUGGCUGAGGACAAAUUUGUCUUUGACUUACCGGACUAUGAAAACAUCAACCAUGUUGUGGUGUUCAUGCUGGGAACUCUGCCAUUUCCCGAAGGAAUGGGAGGAUCUGUCUAUUUUUGUUAUCCGGACCAGAGUGGGAUGGCAGUGUGGCAGCUGCUUGGGUUUGUCACUAAUGAGAAGCCAAGUGCCAUCUUCAAAAUUUCAGGUCUCAAAUCUGGGAAAGGAAGCCAACACCCUUUUGGUGCCAUGAACCUCCCUCAGACGCCAACGGUAGCCCAGAUUGGAAUCUCAGUGGAACUGCUGGAGAGUUUGGCCCAACAGACUCCUGUUGCAAAUGCUGCUGUAUCAUCAGUAGAUUCAUUCACUGAGUUCACUCAGAAGAUGUUGGAUAACUUCUAUAAUUUUGCUUCCUCAUUUGCUGUUACUCAGGCGCAGAUGACUCCAAAUCCUUCUGAAGCUUUCAUUCCUGCAAGUGUAGUUCUGAAAUGGUAUGAGAACUUCCAGAGGCGUCUGACUCAGAACCCUCUCUUUUGGAAAACAUAAACUUAAAUCACGGCAUUCGAAGUGCUUUCUAAAGAGUGUUAUCUGAAAGAUACAGCGAAUAUCACCACUAAAAAAAUUUUGGGAAAAAACGAUUAGUCUGAAUAGACAACCUUGUAGCUUUUAUAAUACUCUCAAAUUAUUUAAAAUUAAAAUCCAUGAAAACUA